UCGCAGCCCACCACCUCGCACCCCGCCUCACCCACCUUCCCCCGUACACCACCAGCCACCAUGUCUGCCGAGCAGGACCGCGCCGAGGCCAUCUAUAUGGCAAAACUCUCUGAGCAGGCCGAGCGCUACGACGAGAUGGUCAGCCAGAUGAAGAGCAUCGCGUCGCUCAACUCGGAGCUCUCGAUUGAGGAGCGCAACCUCCUCUCGGUCGCGUACAAGAACGUCAUUGGCGCUCGCCGUGCUUCGUGGAGGAUUGUCUCGUCCAUCGAGGGCAAGGAGGAGGCCAAGGGCAACAGCACCCAGGUCUCGGCGAUCAAGGCCUACCGCGAGAAGAUCGAGAAGGAGCUCGCCGACAUCUGCGAGGACAUCCUCAGCGUUCUCGAGAAGCACCUCAUCCCGUCGGCCGAGUCGGGCGAGUCCAAGGUCUUCUACCACAAGAUGAAGGGCGACUACCACCGCUACCUCGCCGAGUUUGCGACUGGCGACGUUCGCUCGAAGAACGCCGACGCGUCCCUCGAGGCCUACAAGUCGGCGUCGCAGAUCGCGUCGCAGGAGCUCGCCCCGACGCACCCGAUCCGCCUCGGGCUCGCGCUCAACUUCUCGGUCUUCUACUACGAGAUCCUCAACUCGCCCGACAAGGCGUGCUCGCUCGCCAAGACCGCCUUUGACGACGCCAUCGCCGAGCUCGACACCCUGAGCGAGGAGUCCUACAAGGAUUCGACGCUGAUAAUGCAGCUGCUUAGGGACAACUUGACCCUCUGGACCUCGGACUUGUCGGAGGAGCCGAAGGAGGACGUCAAGGCCGAGGAGCCGAGCGCCCCUGCGCCUACCGGCGAGGAGGCAGCCUGAGCGCGCUCAACGCGCUAGGCGCAGCUCCUGCGUCGCCGCCGCCGCCGUCGUCGUCGCCGUCGUCGAGUUCCCCUCUCCCCGUCGCCCGCCUCUCCCGACUUUGCCUUUCUCCCCUUGCCUCCCUGCAAUCUUCUCAGUCUUUGUGCCCAC